CCUGUGGUGUGCGCGUGCGUGUGUAGAAGCCCCCUCCGCCAGGCAUCUCUUUCUCGCUCUGUACAGGCGCAGUGAGUGCAGUGUGUGCAGCUCGGCUGGCCUCCCUCCGCACUGAAUGGACUAGAUUCCCAGCCACGUAAGAAGCACAGCAGCACCACGGGAGAGAGGAUGUCCUGCUGAAUCAAGGGAUAGGCCUGGGAAAGUCGGCCGGCCGUCCCUUCCUUCCUUCCAGCAGCUUACAGCAGCAGACAUACAAGACAAGACGAGACUUUUCUUCCAUUGGACUAGACCAGGAGAAAGAGAGAAGACGUCGACUCCCGCACACAAAGAGCUUAAGCAGUUUUUUUUCCGGAUGGGGUUUUCUCCUUAUGUGGUAGAUGACAGUCGCCGUGCAUGGAUAUGAUCCUGGAGAACAAGGCCGUGCACUGACCUGGUACUAGUUAGCCAAGGAAGCUAACUAGUUAGCUCUGCACCUGCUAGCCAUCAUUGUCUGUCAAAUUUCGACUAAAUACUGCAGCUACAAUUAGCUUGCAAAACUUGCUUUAUAUAUUUUUCAUGUGCAUUGUUUCCCCUGUGCCUGCAAGCUACAUGAGACAAAUUGUUUCCGUUUUAUGAAACGUGCCAUACCAUUAACCGGCGAGAUAAGCUAGGAGAAGAGCUGCGGGUUAACUUAGCACUCUUCAUUCAUUGUAAAAGCUGACUUUUGGUAGCCUUUGUUACGUGCCUCAUCGCACUGCUAACGUUAAUGAAAUUGCAGCAGGUCUGUGCAAAGGGUUUUCAGUCGACUUGGGGCUGCAGUUCUUUCAUUUUAGAUUGGCCUUAUCUCUUGAAUGGAAAACAAAGGGGGGCAAAUGAGCAGUUGAACUCUGCAAAAAAUACAAACCCCUUUCUGUUGUGAAAACCGACGAACCAGCUUUUCCUGCUGAAAGUCUGCCACAUUCUCCAGCAGCAAGGUGCAGUAAAACCAAUUCCUCAUCUGUAUUUUUUUUUUUAAACUCAAGACUGAUUACAGUAUCGACCUGUUUGUGAUAUUGCACUGAGUUUACGCCAAAGUGGUGCCCCAGUCGAGGAAGAGGAGAAGAACGAGGAAGAGGAAGGCCCCCGAUUUCGUGGAGUUAUCGCACUUAUUCCUGAUGAACAUACAGAGGUCAAAUCCAAUUAACAUUUCACGUUAUGGGAGAUCGCGGCACAAAUCGCACGAUUUCGAAGAAUUGUCUUGCUUAAGGACUACAGAGUCUCACCAGAGUUUCAGUCCUAAUCUCGGGUCCCCCAGCCCGCCGGAAACCCCGGACUCCUCGCACUGUAUCUCCCGCAUCGGGGACUACCUUUUGUUGGAACCACUGGAGGGAGACCACGUUUUCAGAGCCGCCCACCUGCACAGCGGGGAAGAGCUCGUAUGUAAGGUCUUUGACAUUGGCCGAUACCAGGAGUCUCUGGCGGCCUACUUUGCCCUGGGUCAGCACCAGCAUAUCAACCAAAUCCUGGAGAUCUUGCUCGGGGAGACUCGAGCCUAUGUGUUCUUUGAGAGAAGCUAUGGAGACAUGCACUCUUUUGUCCGCACCUGCAAGAAAUUGCGGGAGGAUGAAGCUGCCAGGCUCUUCUAUCAGAUAGCCUCGGCUGUGGCGCAUUGCCACGACAAUGGACUGGUCCUUCGCGACCUCAAACUAAGGAAGUUUGUCUUCAAGAAUGAGGACAGAAGCCUCGUGAAGCUGGAGAGCCUUGAGGACACUUACAUCUUGGAUGGUCAUGAUGACUCCCUGUCAGACAAACAUGGCUGCCCAGCCUAUGUCAGCCCUGAGAUCCUCAAUGCCAACGGCAGCUAUUCGGGGAAAGCAGCUGAUGUCUGGAGUCUGGGCGUCAUGCUUUACACCAUUCUUGUGGGGCGUUAUCCUUUCCACGAUGUUGAGCCCAGCUCCCUGUUCAGCAAGAUCCGCAGGGGCCAUUUCAACAUCCCUGAGACGCUCACACCCAAGGCCAAGUGCCUGAUUCGCUCCAUCCUUCGCCGGGAACCCACAGAGCGUCUCACCUCUCGGGAGAUUCUGGAGCACCCCUGGUUUUUUUCUUCUGGGGCACUGGGGGUCAAUGUGGUUCACGGCAGGGGGGAAAGAGAGCAGGAGCAGAUGGUGCCUGAGGUGAACAUGGAAGAGGAGCUGGAGCAGUUUUUCAGCUGAGCAAACACCAAGCACAAACGGACGACUCCGCCACGGUUGGCUCACCAUGCUCACAGCAGAGCCAAAAACAGUAGUAUAGAGAUUAAUAGGUGGACAUUUGUCACUCAUAAUAAAGGUGUUUCCAUCUUGUUUCCUUUUCCACCAUUUCAUGGAAAACCUUGAGCCUGGCAUGACAAAUGGCAUCUAUACAUCAACUGGUCUCGCACCUCCUGUUCGGAGACGUUGCUGCCAGACAUGCAAGUUGCAAACAAUGUAGCAAAUGUUCUUUUUGGAUCUGUUUGGUUUAAUGUGGUGCUCAAAAAGUAGACACAUUCACCAUUUUUGACACUAUGGAAAGCAUGAAGGGACAUAAGAACACAGGAAACCAAGAAGAACAAUUCAAAAUGAACUGAAAAACUGCAACACCACAAUGUUUCUUACAGAUGUUUUUGUUUGUUUUUGUUUUUGCUUUUUUGUCAUAGCUUUAGGUGGUACCAGUUUAAACCAAUGACCCAGUGUCAGAAAUCAUAACCCCAAGUUCUAUUGUUCAACAAAUCCCUCACAUGGGACCAUUGGUUGAUAAAUGGAGCAGCUUCCACUUUUUGUCAUCAUCAACAUGGUUGACCUCGUCUUUGUGUCAUAGUUAAGUUUUGUUUCAUCGCUUCUCAUUUGUCUGAAUGUUACAUUCUUGGUCUUUCUGACAGUCACUAAACUCUUCGAUGGCCUUGUUUUCAGUAAUUUGUAUGUUUCUGCUUCCUCUGACUUAUAAGCCUUUGGCACACUUUAUUCACCACCACAUUUCUAUUUUUCAGUCAACUUUUAUAAACUGUCAUUUUUUUGGUAAGCUAUUCUAUUCUGUUGUUACUGCUGCUUGAAGAUCACUCCCUAAACCUCAAUCUUUAACUGGUUGUUCUUGGUAAGCCUCCAGACAUGACAUCAUGCACUUGAUGUGUUAGGUGAAUGGAGAAUUCCACCUUAAAAUUAGCUUCUUCUUAUUUAAAUUCAUUCUUCAGUUGUAGAAACCAGAACGUAACAUUUAUUUAAAUUGUAACAGCUAUAUAUAGAUAUAUAUAAAUAUAAAUAAAUAUAUAUAUUUAAAACUACAUUGCAGGGUUUUUCUUUAUUCAGAGAUUCCUUUUUCAUGUAUGAUGUAGGCAAUAUCUUGACACAGGACAGGCACAAAGAAGAAAAGGUCUGUCCGAAGUAAUAGAAAACACAAUAUAUACUGUGCCAGUAUUCUGGUUCCCCGACAUCCCGUGACACUUGGUCUCACUCAUUUCUUUAAAAAAAAAAACAAAAAAAAACAAACUCAAUACGAGAUGAUUUUCAGUGAUGAUAUUGCUAUGACAUGCUCACUCCAGGACCUCAUGUUAGUUUUCUACUGCCUGCGUAGGUUCUGUGGAACGAUCAUGCUCGGAAUGGGUACCAGUGGACAUGUUUUGUCGUAUCUCAAUGUUACUUGAAUUUGUGUUUUUAUCUAGUUAUUGGCAUGUGCCCCAUGAAUGCUAUAGCCUGCCUAGCAGGGGGGGGGGGGGGGGGGGGGGUUAGGGUGGGAGGGGAUGCUUGUUUUUUAAGAAAAGUUAAAAACAUGAAAAUUCUCAAUUUGCUACUUUCCUGAGUUGCUUUUCAAUAAAAAGAAACAACUAUUGCUUUUAUUGUUUUUGUAGACUGAGCUACCUUUUAUUUAAGUUGGUGCUGAUUUGGUGCUAAUGUUUAGUCCUUAUGUUUCAUGGAGGGGGGUGGUGCAUGGUGGGAUAUCUGCCUCAGAUGUUCUGAUUGUAUCGUAACAGAUUCUGGUGUUUUGUCCAAAUUUAUUCAGUAAAUAAAUUGUGAACUGCU